AGCCAAUUGUAUAAACAGUGGUUUAAAUUUACUGUGGUAAUUUGAUUACCGCAGUAAUUUGCAUGGUUAGGUUACCGCCGUUUAUUUUCAUUUGUAUAAACGAUGGUUACUGCGCGGUUACCUAACCAUUGAAAUUUGUCAACUUACCGCAGUAAAAUUACCAACAAUGCAAUACCGGUACUUAACAUGACGUCAUUUUCGCGCAAAUUGUCAAUUUGACAGCCGACGUUUUUGCAAAAUGGAAAAUGUCAACAAAAGAGCGAAAGCUUUUAACGAGCGCGAAAUCGAAGUAAUGACAGAUUUCAUGAAAUUGAAUAUUCACAAACUUAGAAUGAAUCAUGGCUCGGGCGGUCCGGGCAUGGUUGCUCGAGUCCGUGAGAUUUGGGACGAACUUUUAGCUGGUGUAAACGCAUGCGGAAACGGACCGAGGACACUACAACAAAUCAAGGAAAAGUGGAGGAACAUGACCAAAAACGCUAAAGCCGACGUUUCAAAGGAGCGAAACCAUGCUGCCGCUACGGGGGGAGGACCGCCAUUGACUGAAAUGUCGCAGACCUCGCAGGCGGUGGCGAGUCUGUUUGCCCACUCGGCAUCGUUUCAUGGCGUCGUGGACGACGCAGAUACCGUCAUCGCGGUUACUCCUCCAUCGCCGGGGUUCCUGGGCCUGCCCAUAAUGGAGUUAUUAACCGCCAUGGACAUCCCGGAUCCCUUCGGUGUGGCGAAAACCUUUCAAGACAGAACCGAAAUACGACUGUCUACUUCGACAUCCACAGACUAA